UUGGUGCUCAAGCUUUGGCUUUCUCUGUCUGUCGGAGGAGCAGCUCUGGGAUGGAUGGAUAGAUGGAUGGAUGGAGCCCAUAGCCGAGCAGCCCCAUUGAUGGCCAGCCUGGAAGGGACAUCCAGGUUCUUCUAAUGUUCCCUGUUGAGCAGAGAGUUCCUCCUCCCCCAGAAUGCCCCUUGCAACUGGCAUCACUGAGCACAGCCCCGAAGAGGUCAUGGACUCUGUACCAGAGGAGUUCCAGCAGGUCCUCUCCAUCGACCAGAUCCACGCCAUCCGUGCCACCAAUGACUAUGUGGAGAGACCAACCUGCUUCAAGCAAGCACCCUCCAGCCUUUCUUUAUCCCAACCACAGGCGAUCCAUAAACAGGAGGUGACUCAGGAUCACCUGAUGACCUCCAUCCUCCAGGACCUUGGCCCUGGCCAACCGCACCAGAUGCAGCCCCUGAGCCAUUCCAGCACCGCUAGCUCUAUCUCCCACAGCACCACGGCCUCAGAGCAGCGGCUGCUCGGUAGCAUCACGCCACCGCACUCCGGGCACUCACUUAUCCGGACGCAGCCCCAGGCAGGCGACCUGAAACCUGAGGAGCUGCUGAAGGGGAUGUCUGGGAAAACCCCUGCUUUCCACGCAGGCCACCUCUUCAUCUGCGAGGAGUGCGGGCACUGCAAGUGUGCCCACUGUGCGGCCGCCCGGAGCUUGCCCUCUUGCUGGAUUUGCAACCAGCGCUGCCUCUGCUCCCCGGAGAAUCUCAUAGACUAUGGGACUUGCCUCUGCUGCGUCAAGGGCAUCUUCUACCACUGUUCCUCGGAUGACGAGGACACCUGCGCAGAUGACCCGUGCUCCUGCGGCCCGGGAUCCUGCUGCGUCCGUUGGGCCGCCAUGACCUUCCUCUCUGUGCUCAUGCCCUGCCUAUGCUGCUACUUUCCCACCUUGGGGUGCCUCAAACUGUGCCAGCGGGGCUACGAUGCUGUGAAACGGCCAGGCUGUCGCUGCCGGAACCACACCAACACUGUGUGUCGGAAGAUUUCCUCCUCGAGUGGAGCCACUUUACCCAAGACUUUGGACAAACCAGUAUGACUUCCUCGGGAAUAGGGGGAGAUGAUAAUGGCUGUUCCUUGUCCUCCCCCUCUUCUUCGUCUUCUUCAUCUUCACCAUGCUCUUCUUUCCACUCCCCCAGCCAAAAUCCGUCAACUGGGGAUGGAGCAAAGACAGCAUAUUGCCAAAACUGGCCAGACCCUGAAGCUCACUCUGGUUGUUGAUGCUUCUGCCAUGGUGAAGGAGACACUUGGUCUCCGUGUCCAAAAUGGGUUCUCAACGCUUUGCACAUUUCAACAAUGGCUUAUGGAUGGGUGGAAAUGGGAAAUGGGUACAUGUUAUUGCAAAGGGGAAGAUGCAGUUUGCUACGGGAUGGCUCAGUACUCUGACCUCCAGAAUGCCUUAUUUGUCUGUGGUGGGUUCCAAAAAUAAGUAUUGCACUCUAGCACUAUAGUAUCUGGGAGGUUAGGCCCUUGUGUAGUCCAGAGUUGAUUUAGUUGAAGAUCAGAUGAGCUUGGUUCAAGAAAGUAGGUGAGAAGGUUGGCCUAUGUGUGGGAAAUCCAGGUUAGAUUCCUUAUUUGUGAAGCUUGCUAUGGGACAUUCGCACAAUCUCUCAUUCAGCCUCCCCUACUUCACAGGGCUGCUGUGGAGACAGAAGUGAGCAGGAAUCAUGUCUACUCUGAGCUACCCUGAACCAUGCCUGUCUUUGAGAGAAGGCAGAAUCACAGAGAGCUCUAUUAUAUUCAAAUGAUUCCUCCUGGAUCCCUUACUUGGUUUCUAUGGGUAGAUAGAGCUGAGAAUGCCACACAAACUGGUAUAGAUUGCAAUGAAUCAUUACAUCAAGUGGGGAAGGGUGCCAUCUUGCUUCAGGCAGCAAACUAUGUCAGGCUGGCCCUGGGCAGAAUAGAAAUUUAAGCCUCAGGAAUCGCUGUCUCCUAAAUUGAUGGGAUACCAGAUAGCACAGAUCUCAUACUUUUUGGUAGAUUCCUUAGAAAGCUCGUUCUGAUGACUUAAUGACAGAAGUUACUUCUUUUACUAAUGUUUCGUUGCCCUACCUUGGGACUAAAGGAAGGUCACCUCCCUGUUUUAGACAUUCAUAAGGUCAGAGAUCACAAAGUUACUUUUUAUUAGAGUGACACCUCUAGAAUUUCUCUGGCUCACAUACCUGAUUGACAUAUUUGGCUGGAGGAUUCUGGGAGUUUUAGUUUUUUAAAAAAGUAACUUAAAGGUUCUGCUGGAUGUAUCAUGCAAAGCCAUACCCUGUUCGACAAACAAACAGUGCCCAGGACAACAGCUUUGAAAUUAGAAGUCAUGAUACUUCUUGUCUUCAUGGGAAAAUUGGGAGAAAUGCUCCAAGGAAAGACUCUUAGCACAAACUUUCCUGGGAAUGGAUAUUUGGCUUUCCCUUUUGCUAUAGCUCUCAAUUUCAAGGUUCUGGGGUGAAGGAGACAUUUCUUUGCAAUGGGUUGUGUGUGUACUUUCAGUUUGCCCCUGCCUAAAUAAAGCACCUUGGACACCUUUGAUUAUAGAGGGAGAUGUUCGCACAGCUUUUCCUCUUAAUUUUGUAUUACGGUUUACAGCAGUGGUUCCCAACCUUUGGGCCUCCAGGUGUUUUGGACUUCAACUCCCAGAAAUCCCAGCCAGCUUACCAGCUGUUAGGAACGGUGGGAGCUGAAGUCCAAAACACCUGGAAGCCCGAAAGUUGGGAACCACUGGUUUACAGGGAGAUGGAAAAGAUCUUUGCUUGAUGUCCUGGAGAUCGACUGCCACUCAGUGUAGACAUUGUUAGAUAGUUCAGCAACAGAGGAAAGCUUCCUUUAUGGCAUUUUCCUUACUAUGGAGAGCAGGAUAACAGGUCUGAAUUAUGACCUGUGUCCUUCCAAGUGCAAGAAAGUCUGCAUAUUCAUUAGAGUUUGGAGAAUUUGGCUUUUUGGGGGACUAUAACUCCCAGAAACUUUCAAGCAGAGCGGCUGCUGCUGGCUGGGAAUUCUCAAGAGUUGUAGUAUAGAAACACUUCUUCUCUGCCAUUCAAUAAUGUCUCCUAACUGGUUAUUGGUCUAAAGCAGUUGUUCUCAACUUGUGGGUCCCCAGAUGUUUUGGCCUUCAACUCCCAGGAAUCCUAACCGCUGGUAAACUGGUUGGGAUUUCUGGGAGUUGUAGGCCAAAACACCUGGGGACCUACAGGUUGAGAACCACUAGUCUACAGCUUCCAACAUUCUUCUUGGCAGUGGUGGUUAGGAAUGAAGGGAGUUGCAGUCCCAAUUGCAUCGAAAGAACCACAAAUAGCUGUGGUUGUGAAAGUAGGUGAAGGCGGUGAAGUGUCUGAGUGAGAUCCUGAUUCCUGUAGUGCAGUGAUUCCCAACAUUUUUUUGACCAGGACCACUUUGACCACUCUCCAACAUUAGUACAAAGAAGGUUAUGAAUCAGUUUUGGUCAACUUUAGAUUUGGUUUGGUGAUUUGGGAUGCUGAUUCAGAAAAAUUGCAUUGGAUUGACCACAUCAGAAGUAGUUUCUGAUACAGAACAUAUGCCAUCCAGUAGUCGCUAUCUGCUCGCCCACAGAAAACCAUACUUAAUAAGCCUGAGCACUAUAAGAAGGUUUCAUAAGACCAGUUGCUCUCAUUGCAAUGGUGUAGGCCACAUACCAUAUUUUAGUUCUUGCGGACCACUGGUGGUCUAUGGACCACAAGUUGGGAACCAUUGCUGGAGUGCGUGUUGACUAGGUUCAUUGGUUCUUGUCACAUAGAAUCAUAGAGUUGGAGGAGACC